AUGGUGGAACGAUUUCACCGCACAUUAAAAGCAGCUUUAAUGUGCCACCAAACAACUUCUUGGGCAGAAGUUUUACCAAUAGUAUUGUUAGGUCUACGCACGAAUUUUAAACUAGACAUUGGAGCUUCUGCUGCUGAAAUGCUAUAUGGCCAAACUCUACGUUUACCGGGCGAAAUAGUAAGCAACCCUAGCAACAGAAAUAUAAAUCAACACGAUUUCAUAACCAAGCUAAGAGAACAAAUGCAAAGCGUCAAGUCAACGUUGGUAUCGCAUCAUAUAGACCGAGGCUACCACAUCCAACCGGCUCUAAGCUCAUCCACGCAUGCAUUUAUACGAAAUGACAAGGUAAAACCCCCAUUGACGCAACCUUACGAUGGUCCUUACCAAAUACUAGAGCGAAAUGACAAGACGUUUAGAAUACUGAUCGAAAACAAAGAACAAACAGUCAGCAUAGAUCGUCUUAAAGCUGCUUUCAUAUGUCCCGAUACAGACAUUGACAUCCACAACAAAUCAAUGGUAUACCACACUCCAAACAACGUUAAUGGCGACCAGUCUGUGCAACCAAAUACAACAGCUAACCUGAUAAAAUCAGGACGCAACCUUAAAGCAGGUAAGUCCGCUGGUCCGGACAAUAUUGCCCCCGAACUGCUCAAAGCAGACAAAAUUUCAGCUGCUCAAAUUAUUCAACCAAUUGUCAACAACUUCUGGUCCCAAGAGUCAUUACCGCCUAAUCUUAAAGACGGCAUCAUUAUUAAUAUACCAAAGAAAGGUAACCUGAUGGAAUGCUCCAACUGGAGAGGCAUAACUUUACUAAAUGUAGCUUAUAAAGUUAUUGCUCAAAUCUUACAUAAACGUUUAACUUCGGCCGUUGAGCCUACACUACGAGCCGAGCAAGCAGGAUUUAGGCAUAAUCGAUCAUGUGACGACCACAUAAAUAGCCUUCGAAUAAUAGUCGAACAGUCUAGCGAAUGGCGAUCUCCUCUAUACUUGCUGUUUAUCGACUUUAAACGUUCAUUCGAUACACUUCUCUAG